CCGGCUCUGGGGCCUCCGAUAAGGACCUCCAGGGCCUCGGCCGCGUCUGGGCUCUGCGAUACGGCGGGCGGUGGAGGGGGUCGCGGGGCGCCGCAGGGAGGCACGGCGUCAAGAGGUCCCAGCGCGGCCACAGGGGACUGGGGCCGGGGACCCAGGCUGGGGGCCGGGCUUGGGCGGGGCGUCCGGCUGUGUCAAGCCCGCCUCCCUCCCGGGGCCAGGGCCGCUAAAAUGGCGGCGGCGGCGGCGGUGACACCGUCCCGCACAGGGCCCGGGGGCCUGGUCGCCGUGCUGGGGGCCCACUAGCGCCUUCCUGGGCGCCCGCGUCCUGGCCGCGUCCUGGCCCCUGGGGCGCUCGAGCGCGGCCCCUGGGGCCCUCGGUCAGCCCUCCCGGCGUGCCCAUGAACUCCGUGUCGCCGGCCGCAGCUCAGUACCGGAGCGGGAGCCAGGAGGACGCGCGCAGCCCCGAGGGCCGCAGGCCACGGCGCCCCCGAACCCCGGACCCCAACGGCCUGGGGCCCUCCGGAGCUAGCGGCCCCGCUCUUGCGUCGCCGGGGACCGGCCCGGGGGAGCCGGACGAAGUGGACAAGUUUAAAGCGAAGUUCCUGACAGCCUGGAACAACGUCAAGUACGGUUGGGCAGUCAAAAGCCGGACCAGCUUUAGCAAGAUCUCCAGCGUCCAUCUCUGUGGCCGCCGCUACCGCUUUGAGGGCGAGGGUGACAUCCAGCGUUUCCAGCGGGACUUUGUGUCUCGCCUAUGGUUCACAUACCGCCGGGACUUCCCACCUCUUGCUGGGGGCCGCCUGACCUCCGACUGUGGCUGGGGAUGCAUGUUACGGAGCGGGCAGAUGAUGCUAGCUCAGGGACUGCUGCUGCACUUCCUGCCCAGAGACUGGACGUGGUCCCUGGGCGCGGGCCUGGGCCCCCCUGAGCCAUCGGGGUUGGCCUCUCCCAACCGGUACCGUGGGCCUGCCCACUGGAUGCCUCCGCGCUGGGCCCAGGCUGCCCCUGAGCCGGAGCAGGAGCGCCGGCACCGGCAGAUUGUAUCGUGGUUCGCUGACCAUCCCUGGGCCCCCUUCGGCCUACACCGGCUGGUGGAGCUUGGGCAGAGCUCGGGCAAGAAGGCAGGGGACUGGUAUGGGCCGUCCCUGGUGGCGCACAUACUCAGGAAAGCUGUGGAGAGCUGCUCAGAGGUCACCCGCCUGGUGGUGUACGUUUCUCAGGACUGCACAGUGUACAAGGCGGAUGUGGCACGCCUGGUGGCCAGGCCAGACCCCACAGCUGAGUGGAAGUCCGUGGUCAUCCUGGUGCCAGUGCGGCUGGGUGGCGAGACUCUCAACCCCGUGUACGUGCCCUGCGUGAAGGAGCUCCUGCGUUCAGAGCUGUGCCUUGGCAUCAUGGGGGGCAAGCCACGCCACUCACUGUACUUCAUUGGCUAUCAGGAUGACUUCCUCCUCUACCUGGACCCUCACUACUGCCAGCCCACUGUGGAUGUCAGCCAGGCUGACUUCCCCCUAGAGGUCCUCAGCUCCUCCUCAGCCACAGAGCGAUACCCCAUGUUCACCCUGGUUGAGGGCCAUGCUCAGGACCACAGCCUGGAUGACCUCUGCUCCCAGCCCUCCCAGCCGCCACUGCGGCUCCCUCGCACAGGCCGGCUUCUCAAGGCUAAACGCCCAAGCUCUGAGGACUUUGUGUUUUUAUGAAGGGAGGGGAUGAGGGAGAAGACACGACCCUAUUUAUUUUUUUAUUUAUGUCACGCUGGGUGCGGGAGCUUGAACUCCCCCCCUGACAAGUGCAGCUGAGAGAAGUCCAGGAAGCCUCCGGGCCGGGGCCAUUCAGCCAGGAACAGAGCCCGCACACCUGCCUCCCACCAGCUGGGCCCUCCUCACCGGGCAGGGAGGGAGGGCCCCCGGGCACCCACUCAGGGCCUGACUCAGUACUGUAGUUUGCACUGGACCGUCCAUGCCCCUCACUGGUCCCAAUGCCCCCAUCCUGCCAAGGGCUGGUGGGAGGGAGGAGGGGCUGUGACCAAUGGGGGCUAAUAAAGCCGUUUGACUUGA